UCGAACCCCGCGGCGCCGCGGAGGGAGCGGGGGAGCGGCGCUGAGCGGAGCGGCGCUGGGAAUCCUCUGCAGGGAGCCAGGUACCAUCCCAGCCCCAAUGAGGCACUGAGACGUAGAUCUGCUGCUGUCUGGCUGCUGUGGCCCAGCAACGCCCUGAACCACCAUGGCAGAAAAGGUGAAUAACUUCCCACCGCUCCCCAAAUUCAUCCCCCUGAAGCCCUGCUUCUACCAGAACUUUGGGGAUGAGAUACCCAUCGAUUACCAGUCCCUGGUGAAGAGGAUCUACCACGUCUGGAUCUGUACGUUGGAUAAGGAAGCUGCCCAGGUUGUGGUUUACUGCAUCACGCUGGUCGUGAACAUCAUUGCUUGCCUGGCAUGGUGGAUUGGAGGUGGCUACGGAGUCAAUUUUGGCUUGGCCAUCCUCUGGCUGAUCCUCUUCAGCCCCUGCAGCUACGUCUGCUGGUUCCGACCAGUGUACAAAGCCUUUCGGUCAGACAGCUCCUUUAAUUUCAUGACCUUCUUCUUCGUCUUCGGCAUGCAGUUCAUCCUCACCGUCCUGCAGGCAGUGGGUUUCUCCGGAUGGGGAGCAUGCGGCUGGUUGGCAGCCAUCACGUUCUUCAGCACCAACGUGGCAGCUGCUGUGUUCAUGCUGUUCCCUGCCAUCAUGUUCACGACGUCGGCGGUGGCGAUGCUGGUCUGCAUUUUGAGGGUGCACAAAAUCUACCGAGGGGCCGGCGGGAGCUUCCAGAAGGCUCAGGAUGAGUGGCACAGCGGUGCGUGGAGGAACCCCCCCAGCAGAGAGGCCCAAUACAACAACUUUGCAGGGAACAGCCUGCCCGAAUACCCCACGGUGCCCAACUACCCCUCGGGAAACCAAUGGCCUUAGGCAGCCCCCGGGCUGCGCGCUGCCUGGAUUCUCUCCUUUGUUAUUUUUCGCUCCUUUUAUCGUUAUCUGAAAAGAUCAUUUGCAUUCCCCUCCAUACGCUCCGCUCUUGGCGGGGUUUUGUUGUUGGGUUGUUGGUUUUUUUUUUGUCUCCUCGUUGCUGCAGAAGACGUGUGCUGCCUGCUAUGGAACACCAGAUCAGAACAGCAGAAGGUUUUUGCCCUGUGCUGCUCCAGCAUUUGCCUCGUUGCAGACUGAGGAACCCACUGCUCACUGCUCUUUGCUCGAGGGCUCCUCGUGAUCGUGGCUGAGCUCCCUGCAAUGUGAGCGCUGCCAGCGUUGCUCUCCUGCUUCCCCACACACCUCCAAGCUGUCUGUCCUCGGAACCACAAUCUGAGCAAGAGCACCAACCGGUGUUGGCUUUCCUGGAUGAGUAAUCUGGAAUUUUUCCUUCCACGGGAAAUGUAACACCUGAUUUCUUCAGUACUGCUGAUCUGAAGGUGUCUGUGCAAUCUGCAGCUCUCUGGUGAAGAUUCCUUCAUAAGGCAGUGCUCACUGUGGGUGAGUGUUGCUCAGAAAUGAAGAAGAGUCCCCAUUUCCGUGGCUAGAACUGCUCUUAGGAUAGAAGUCCUGCUUUCGCCAUUUCCAAAAGCUUUAGCUGGAUCUGUGUGCUGCAGAGGUGCAGAUUCAUCUCAUUUUGUGUCAUUUCAGUGCCAUUUCAUCUGGCACUGGGCUUUGAGCCUGGGGAUGCUCGCCCUCUUACAGGCAGGCAGUGUGAGAUCUCUGUGCCAUCCCAGUCCCACACCAGAAUUUCAUGCUGACCCUACACGUGCCUGACUGACUGCCUUGUCCUGUGCUCUGGGCUCCAGCUGUGUUAUCUCAGCACCGGGUCCCAGGGUGGUUUGGGAGCAGUUCCCAAAAUGGAUAGAUUUAAUUCUGCCUUCUGCCAAUGUUAGUUAAAAUCCAACACCAUCGUGCAGUCAGCUGUCUGACUGACCAAGGGAAGCUCAGUAGCUGAUGUCAGCAGUGCAGAGCUGGUUCCUCUGUAUCCAGCAGCACUUCCAGGUACGAGCAGAGCUUCUUGCCUUUCCCCAGUGAUCAGCAAAGAGGAGAAAGCUGUCGGGAGGGUUUGUACCCCUGAAAGCUAGCACUGAUGUAUCUCAUUGCCCACCUUCAUCUCAUGCACGUCCAGCAGGACGGCCGGAGCCUGAGCCAUCCCAUUCCCUGUGUCCUACAGCGACCCGAGCAGCAAAGGCUCUGCUUUCCCCCUUCCCCCAGCACCCUGCUGGGAACUCUCUCUGUCUGGGAGGUCAGUUCCCAAUGUUUCUGAAGGCAGUGAGCGUUAAGCAUCUUCAGCUCUGUGAGGGCUGGUCCUGUGCAGGGCCGCAUGAGCCAGGUCUGCAGGUUUGGCUCGGCCCCAUGGCCUGCCCAGCUCCAGGGGAUGCCAUAGGUGCUGCAGCAGGAGUCACUCCACACUCACACGAAGUAACUGGAAAGCAAUCCUGGCUCCUGGACAGGGAGGCUGCCCCGGCUAGGAGGAACUGAUUUGCAAGUGAUCUUUUGAAAACCGUUUCUACAUGUGCCUUAACUAACAAUGUUAGUUCAUGAAGGAGAAAUAUCUGUUCCCCAUCCCCCUCUGCAAAACUUCCCUUCGCUCCAUUCACUUUUCCCAUGUCAUUCCAUAAACACUCAGCAAAGUACAGCUUGGAGUCUGCACAACACCUUUGUUGUUAGGGCCAAAGCAACAGCAAACAUCAGUGGGAGAGCAGAGCCUCCUCUGACCUUGGCUUACGAGCAGCACUGACCCCUGCUGCAGCACCAGCCCUCGGGGAUGUUUCAUGUGCUGAACACAAGGGUGUUUUCUUCUUGCAAGCGUGCAAUGUGUUUGUAAUUACAAAUGCUUGAAGCCUUCAUAAUAGAAUACGACGUUGCCAAGCUUUCAGGUGCCUUUGUCAUGUGUCAAGUGUGAUUUUAAGCAUUCUAUGUCGCUUGCCAUCAGAGAGUGAUAAAAGAACCGUGAGGAGAAGCAUUGCCAAGAGACUCUACUUCUCUUUUCUCCUUUGGGGAAUCUGGGGGUCUUUUGAAGCGCCCAUCCCUGCAUUUCCAACCUGCUCGAUGCAGAGAAGGGGAUACUUCAGAGCUUCAAACCAAACUGGUUGGAGGCAGACGCUAAGAUCACAGCCGUCGUUACCAAAAUGAUUGCAAAGUCAUGAGCAAACACUGCCUGAGAUUUCUAAAGAGUUCAGCUAAGCUCCAUGGAUGGGAGCUGCCAUCUCAAAACACGUUUUCCCCCCUUCCAUCCUUUUCAAUGCCAGAAACCCGAAUUCCAGCAAGUCGACUCAGUGCUGCCUGAACUGCCAUGGCUGAAUUCUUCGGGCUCCUCUAUGGUUUUUAAUGUUUACAUUCGGUCUCUUCACACCAUUAACCCGGACCCGGCUCCUGGUUUUGCUCAUGUCUGUGUGUGAUGUUUUGUGUCACUUGCAGGGCUCUGCUUUCUGUUUGUGUUUUGAUCACAAGACAAUAAAAGCUCAUCCUGUGCUCUUCUCGAA